ACGUAGUGGUGGAGCUUAAUCGAUAAGUUGCCGACGCUAGCGGCUCAAUUCCAAGAUCUUCACUUGCGCAGCUGGGCAUCCACCAUCAUCAACACACGGUCAUGAAGCCUCUGAGGGCUUUUCCUUUUCCUUUCAAUAUCGGGACCGACAUUUGCCAAAUAUCCCGUAUUUACAAUAUAUUGUCAGGUCCGCGGGCUCUACGCUUUGUAAACAGGGUUUUAGCCCCUGAAGAGCUGGCAAAGAAAGACGUCCGAUUAAAUGUACUCGACCAGGCGGCAGCGCAUAAGGUUCCAUCACGAGGUGCCAGAAGCAAAGCCAGUAAAAAGCAUCAGCCACAUGAAUACAUCGCGUCAAAGGACCCUGAACUGUGGAAAUGCGCUGCAUUCAUAGCAGGAAGAUUCGCUGUAAAGGAGGCUGCCAUUAAAGCACACCCACACCGUCAUUUGACGUUUCAUGAUAUUAUGAUUGAGAGACGGCUUGUGAAGGGAGAGGUACUGGGCAGUGGGCCGCCAAUCGCGCGUAUACGGAGCGGCGAAGGAGAAGCAGAAGACACAAGUGCGAUGGUGUCGAUAAGCCACGAUGGAGAUUAUGCAACAGCUGUGUGCUUGGGUUAUGAACCUGAUAAUGAGAAUAGAAGAAACAGAGACGGAAUUACAUAGCAUACUACACAUAUAUCUGCUUCCAAUACCGUGCUCUACAAAAGUCAGCAACCGAAGGCAACUGAAUAUGGAAGACAUCGAUGCUAAGAAAAUACAAGUGGUAUGCAUUAACCUUUGGUCUUAGUACUUACAUAGGUGGACAUAAUAUAAGAGUUCACCCUGCCUAUUAGUGC